AUGACGUUUACAAAUGCAAAGAUGGCGGCGACCUUGUUUGCGAAGUUGCUACAAAAACAGGGAUGGCUGCCCCUGACUCAGAGUGUUCGGCACGGCUCCAAGGCUGUGACCCGCCACCAGAAGCCCCUUCACUUCCUCAAAAAGAAGCUCCUUGUUGUCACACGUUACAUUCCUCCACCCCGGCCACUUCCACCAGGCGCAUAUCCGUCAGAAGACCAACAGACUCAACAGGAAAACGAUUUUAUGCGACUUCAGAAGAAGAAUUUGAAGAAAGUGUUUGAGGACUGCAGAAUGAUCGCUGUAGUUCAGAACAACCACUGCAAUGCUGGGGACAUGCUGGUUCUCAAGAACAAGCUUUUUAAACACAGCAUCAGUAUCAAGUUCUUCCCCAACCAGGUGACUCGGUUGUUCCUAAAUGAUUCUUCUUACUGCAACAUGGCUCCUCUGUUCAUCGGUCCGACGGCUCUGUUUGUCAGUAAAGAACCAAAGGUGAAGGAGUUGCUGUCCAUCCUGAGGGCCAGCCCACAGAUGACGCUUUUAGCCGCCUGUGUCGACAACACGUUGCUGAGCGUGCAGGGCCUCGUGAAGUAUUCCAAACUGCCAUCCAUGACCAUGGCUCAGGGUGAGCUGGUCAGUGUGCUGACGAUGCUGACCUCCUGCACAGCCUCCAUGCUGCAGCGCCACCCGGCCCACCUCUCCGCCCUGCUGCAGCAGUACGUCAAACAGCAGAGCCCGAACAGCGACGCAGAGCCGGCUGCUAAAGCAGAGGAGGCCACAUAGAGCUUCAGGAAAACAUACCGGGACCGUCGCAGAUUUCCAGCCGAGCAGACCGGCUGGAUUCAUGUUUAACGUGUUUUUAAAGUCUGCACCAGACUGGAAAACGUUUCACUCGGUGCUGAAUCCCACAGAGUGCAGCUGAGAGUUGGAGCCAAUGUAAACGGUGGCAUUACUGGAGGAUCAAAGCUGCAGGAAUGAUAGUUUCAUCCUUUAUUUAAGGACAUGUGUCAAUAAAAACAUGUCUGCUCAG